AUGGGGGGGGCUUGCGGGAAGAGUCGGGGGACAGCUGCUGCUGCAGAGCCUCCUGUCUCUGCUGCUGACAAAGCAGCAGAAGCAGCAGCUUCUGCUGCUUCUCAAGCUGAAAAGGCGCAGGAAGCAGCAGCAGCAGCAGCUGCUGCUGCUGCCAACGGCGCAGCAGCAGCAGCAGCACUCACCGGCGAGGACCGCAGCGAGCGGGAGCCAGCCAAUGCCUCGGACGGGAAGGACACAAACCCCACAAACCCAACCACUGCGGAGCAGCAGCAGCAGCAGGAGCAGGAGCAGCAGCAGCAGGAGCAGCAGCAGCAGGAGCAACAGCAGCAGGAGCAGCAGCAGGAGGCGGCAGCAGCGCAGCAGCCGGCGUCGCCGGUGGUGGCGCUCUCCGCGGCCGACGCGGAGCUGCUGGCAGCAGCGCAGCAGCAAGCAGCAGCAGCAGCAGCAGCAGGAAGCAACGCGAACCUGCCGCAUGCAUACUUGUUUUAUGCUGCUGAACUCAACGAAGGCUCUUUAAUUCUGCAGUGGACUGCAGCAGCAAUGCAGCAGCAGGAAAUGCAAGACAAGAAGCUGCUGCUGCUGGCCUCCUUUGUGCCCCCCAAGUACAAGACUGUCACCAAAAGCAAACUGCAGCAAAACGGAGGAAUCACUUUUUUGCUUCAGGAGAUGAAGUACAAGUGGGACAUUUGGAACAAAGCCCAGCGGCAAGCUUACUUCCAAGGCUGGGCCAAAUUCUUAAAAGCAGCAGACGAAAUGGAGGCCUCACUUUUGCUGCACCCCUUCGAGCUUCCCGCGCCUCCUGCUACAGUCUUCUUGCUGCACACCGGGCCCAUUGAAAAUAAAGUAGUUCCAGUCAAGCUCGGAGAGCCCAUUGGAAUUUCCAUGUUUGGAUUUGCUGCUGUGGCGCCGCCGCCGGCGCCGUACAAAGCCGGAGCGAAUAUAACCCCGAAGAGGUUCGGAGAACUCGCCACGCAAGCCGGGGGCGCCUACAUUCAGCUUUCCCGGCGGGGAGGCGAUGCUGCUUUCAGCGAAGCCGACGUUGUGAAGUGGUUGGCUGAAGACGGAUUGGAAAUUCAACAAGGAAAUGGAAUUACUUUGGAUUCCACAGGAGCUUACGAGCGAAGAUCCGACAAAAAAGGAGGAAAUGUGGCGGCAGCAACUUGA